UAUGUAAGUUUAAUCUCACACAUUCUGCAGUUUCGAAAAGUGAUUCAAAAUGAAACGUAAAAAUGAGCGAAAAGUGAAAAUAAUCCUAAUGUGGUUUAUGCUUUAUAUUCUACAAUUUCAGGUUUGUUUCACACAUGGAAAUGAAGUGCAGAACGUAACAGGAGUGACGGAUCAAUCUGGUACUCCAUCAUACUAUUUUCUAGUAGAAGGAGAUGGUCUUAGAACGGGGUUUUUUCAUGCUGCAGUUUCUGUGGGAAACAGAUUAGAUGGGUUCUAUCUUAAUAUCGACACUGGCAGUGACCUCACAUGGAUCACUUGUUCCCCAACCAAUAUUCAGUUUCUAAAGCCUUUUAGCACAUAUGAAACCCCUCACGAACCUUACAAGACCAAGAACAAUUUCAUAUCAUGCGAGGAUGCCUCAACUUGUGGACUGGUCGAAAAACCAAUAAAUCCACAAUGCAGUAAGCAAAAUCAGCAAUGUGAUUAUCAGAUUGAAUAUGCAGAUCAAGGUUAUCUCUUGGUGUUCUGGUUAAGGACAAAUUCUUUCUCUCUCCCUCCUUGAAGGGCAGUUUGAUACAUCUCGUGCCCACUCUCACCUUUGGGUGUGGAUACCAUUAGGAAUUUUCUCCUUCCCUUCGUCCUCCUUUUGCAGAUGGGGUCCUAGGUCUCGGAACUGGAAAAACA